AUGGCAUAUCCUGUCCUAUGGAGAGAAAAAACGUUCUUCUACCCUAUUGGCAAUACAUCUGCAGUUUGCCUCACACAGGAUCUUUGCCCAUCUGAAAAGGCAGAUGUACUGCUUCUUGGAUGCGGUGACCCGAGGCAUAUCCUUUACACCGUAUAUGCAAACAGCAUGGGCUCGCAAGCAUCACGAAAACUGGACUUCACUUGCUGCGACCUGGAGAGUGCAGUCAUUGCCCGCAACGUUAUCUUAUUCACCCUCCUUGCCGACGAAGGCGCUGUGCAGACAGUGCCGCAAAUCUGGAACAUCUUUUUCCACUUUUAUCUCGACAAAGCUUCCCAUGACCUGCUCAUAUCACAGUGCAGAAAGUUAGUCGAGUUAUCCAGCGAUCCGGAUAGCUGGAACGAUGGUCCUUACGGUCAUUUCCUUCGUGUGUGCACUAGAGAUACUCUUACCGAGUUGCGGCGCCUUUGGCAACUUUACGUCAAGACGACGACUUUCUCUCCUAGCGAGGAAAAAGCAUUUAAAUCUGCAUAUGCUGCUGACGUCAAGGCUUCCAAAACGAAAUCCGGAUUCGUGUUUACAGCAAGUCGGGCAGCCGGGCCACUGUCGAUGUAUGCGCUCAAGAUGGUGGAUGAUCACUACAACAUUUACUGGGAGACAGGCAUAUGCUCUGCCGUCCCUAAGAGACCCUCGGAGAUAUCACAUCCAAAUCCAACCUUAGCAUACUCCAUGGUCGGUGAAAAAUUUGGGGUCCACUAUGGAACAGAUCCCCUCUCUGGCUUUCAUUUGGCGGAAGCGCUUGCGCCAGCUGUCGGAAGCUCUCGCCAUCCAGAGCAAGUUACUCUGAAGGACAUAGUAAAUGUCUGCAAGACGCAAUUUUCCAGGUGGUGCACUUCGGUUUCCAAGGUCUUGAGCAGUCAAGGACCAUCUUCUCCGAGCUUGCUCAUUAUACGUUGCUUUGUGGGAGACGCUCUGAGCUUGUGUCAAGCUCUUGACUACUCCCGCACCAUGAAAUCGACAUCCACACCAUUCCCCAUUGCUCCUUGGAAGAGCGCGUGCAUCACAUUUGAUCCUGAGGCUUACGGAACUGACACACAGUCACCUGCGCCAACCACGUUCAACAUCAUUGAUACAUCCAACCUUCUUGAUCACGUCGGCGUGUUGAACAUCCUCGUUGUUACUUCUCCUAUUCUUCAGCGAACUCUAUCUGCUACGUUGUACACGGAAGGUCUCUCCGGGAGCAGCCCAGAAGACACGUUGCCACAGCAACUCUGUGGAGAUAUUGCGACUAUUGGGCUACUCCUGGGCCUUAUUCCCGUGUCCUUCGUUUCGCAGUUCACAAACCGGUCGAAUAUGCACGAGGUCCUCAUGCAUUUUGUGACUGAGGAUGUAGCUCAGAAUCACGAGCGUCUCGCCUGGAAGCUUAUCGGCGGUGCUGAGAAACUCGUGACUGAUCUCGACUGCCCCAUCGACAUCGCUCCGGAGCAGCUUGCAGGCGUUUUCUUCAAUAUCUAUCUCAACAUGUUUUCUCACGAGAACGUAGCACAGAAGUCGGCCAUAGUCCAGCAGUCGCCAGAGUCAAUCAAACUGUCUGGGAUUGUACAUUACCAUCGUCGUUCGUUUGUGGGGAUUUUGGAUCUCUGCUGCCAGCUGCACCUUCUUGGCGUUUUCACUGCGGAUUGGGUGUCUCUACAAAAGGUGCAUGAGGUGUAUUGUGUCAAAAGGCCCUUUGUCUUCCGUGAUUGGAAGACGCUCACCCAAACCGUUUGUGUCGUCCUCGUCAUUCCUCCUCUUGACUCGGCUAGAACACCCGUGUUGCGCUGUGACAUCAGGGGAGUAAUAACCUCGAAUAUGUUUUUAUGCAUCAAUGCAGUUUUCGGGACAGUCAAGAUCAGCGCUAUUGAGGAGGACGCGACUAGACGGUAUGGAACUUCCCCUCUUGUUGUGUGGUUCUGGGUGCCAUCUGUCGUGCUUUCGAACGAGCAUCGGCUGUCGGUAGUUUUGUCUAUUCUACCCACCCUAGCGACUUGCACGCCCGCCAUGCAGCUGGGGUUUGACCUUGACUUAUUCCGUGCGGACAUGGAAGAUGAGAAACUCGUGCACAUCCUGCGACAGCGUCCUAAUGCUAUCAGCGAUCGUCCUAUGAAGACACCUGGCGCCACAUUUAAACCUCUGUCAUUCACCACACGGAUGAAAGCUUCCUUGACCAGCGGCGCUACUCCCACUGUGAACCAAGUUUCCAUGCAUUCAAUCGCCAUCGUUCUUGGAGACAAGUCUUUGCAAUUCCCUUUCCCACUCCCUAUCGAUGCCAAGAAAGCCAAGCUUCGCAUUGCACGAAAGUCGCUAUACAUCGAAGUACACAUGUUCCCUGUUAUCCCGCACGGAGGUGAUCUUGCUCUGUGGAACAUGCACCGCGUCAACCUCGACCAAUGCGUGCCUUUCAGCAUCACCAAUAAGAAGGCUCUCAACUGGCGUGAAAAACGCAUUCCGCUGGGUUUGAUAACAGGAUCUACGCUGUUGGAUGUCAAGCACACACUUCACAUAAUCUUUGGGCACGCAAGUGGUACCGCGGAUGGCAAACCCCCUCUAUGCUACGCCCUGCAGAAAGAACAUAAGGCCUUCGUUAUGUUAUUCAUCACGGACCUCCGGUUGGACCUCGGCUCGCACGCCAUAGUCGCUGACGCUUGGUUGAUACCGUCUUCUCCCGAGCCUGCGAAGAUCAAGGCUUUCGGCAAGGUUUCUAAAUAUGUGAUGUCUGACACCAAUAUGAAGCAAUUGAUGAUAGCUGCUGAAGAGAGGAGGGCAUGGAUACACCUCCUCGUAGCCGCAACGGAGCGGUGCCGUACCUGGGAGCACAAGACCAAUUGCGAGUAUCGCGUCAAAGGCGCUAUCCCUCUAACUUUUGAGCCAGACCAUAGUCCUAUUUGCUCUUGCGGCGCUGGGGUGGGGGCAGAGGCGUUUGUGAAGAAAUAUCCGAUGCUUCGUCCACUUGCACCGUAUAUGACAAGGGCAGCGAUCAGUCCGCUGUUCGCGCUGUCAUACAUGGAAAAGGUCGGUAGUUCGAAAGAUGCCGUUGCUACGAAGACUCCACCGACGCCUGCGUCGGCAGCAGCGGCGCGUCAUGUGUGCGCUGCUUGUGGAAUGGAAGGUGGUGGUUCUGGAUCGUUGGUAAUUUGCAGCCGGUGCAAGGUUGUGCGGUAUUGCUCACAGGGCUGUCAACACGAGGACUGGAAGGGGCACAAGAAGAGUUGCAUAGCACCAUCUUCCUAGAUCGUUCAUCACGAGUAGAUAUGAUGUUGAUUGUUUUUUUCUGAAUUCAUCGACGAUUGAUG